AUGUCAGUGCACAUCCCACUGGACAGGAGCGAUGAGGGAGUGUGGCGUCUAUUUGGAGGUAGAGUUUUCUCAUGCCUCUUUACUCAGCUGAUCAUAGUCCUGUAUUGACAACAUCAGCCACCCUGGAAUCAAAACAUUACAUUCCUGUGCCUGUCUUACUCUUCCAGAUGUGUUAUCUUUGAUAGUAAAACGAUUGUGUGUGUUCCAGAUGUGUACUUGUGUGCAGUGCUCCUCUGCUCCUUGGGACUGCUCUCCAUCUUCCUGUUCACGCUUGUCCUCACCUGCCAGUACCUGCAUACACGUCAUACACUCAAAAAAGGUACACACACACACAAACUCAAAGGUUAACAGGAAUUACACUUACACCUUUUCUUCCCCGUCACUUGUGUUUCAUAGCGUUGUGUGCCUGGCUUACAGAAAGAAACAGUGUUUCAUAGUAAUGCUGUACCAUCAGUGUUAACCCCGAACUCUGACUUCUCUUCUCUACAGCCAGUUACUACCUGGUCAAGUGUCCAGACAGCAGGUAAGUCUUUACCAUUCAUUCAUAGACUCCAUGAUCAAUAGCUAAAACUCACAUUAAUACUGUAGAUAACUUGGAAGAUCAUAGAAUAAUAUAAUUUAGGCAACUUCCAAAGUUACAUCUUUCUAAAAUAACUGUUAUAUCUUACAAGGGUGAUUGACGGGCGUUGCUGCUUAAACACCCAUUAAUGUUAACCCCUGCUGUUCCUGUGUAACCCCAGCUCUGGAGAGACGGUGACCAGUUCAGUGAGCUCCUCCAGCUCGUCUCCUGGAAUCCACAGGAAGGAGAAGAGACACAAAGCACGCAGGAGAGACACACCCAGAGAACCAGAGGAGACACCGCCACACAUACCAGAGAAAGGUACAAUACAUCUAUGUACUCUAGAAUGACCUCACAACAGUAGUAUAUGCAUACAAAUAUAAUAACUAGAACGGGGAAACCCCUUCAGACCAUGGCAAUUUGACAUGGUCAAACCCCUUCAGACCAUGGCAUAGCCAUGAAUACAUUCAUGGCUAUGCCCAAACUGGCCGCCGGUCCGCAACCAGCACAGAACAUUGACCAUUGUCCAUGUCCAUUCUAGUAUUUCUAUGAGAAUAGAUAGAUCAUCCUAGAUAAACAAGAACAUAGAAUACCUACUACAGUUUCGACCUAGUAGAAAUCAAUCAUGUUAUUCUGUUCCAGUGCCUGUAGCUGCAGAGAGACAGAGACCCAGGAAGCCUCUACGCUUAAAGUGCCAGCCCAGGAGGCUGGUUAGGGUAUUGUUCACCCACACCCUCAGCCCAUUACAACACAUUAAUAAUGUUAUAUUAUUUAUUACAUUACAGGAUUUCUGCCUAUUGAGUCAUAUCCUUUAUUACAAAUUUCUGUGUUUAAUCUUUUUGUUACAAAUUGUAUAAGGUUUACAUUUGAAAAAGCUCAUUUUCCUAUAUUUUUCUGUUGAGUUAUUGGGCGUAGAAGCUAAGAAGGUAGUUCUAGAGCUGGUCUCAGAGGGCUGUUGUGUGUGUUCUCUUCUGUUAUUAUUGCUGUUCUGUCCUCCUGUUAUGAGCCUCUAGUCGCUUUUAUUGCUUCCCAAACACAAUUAUUUAUUUAGUCUGCUGUGUCUUCAUUACAUUGACUGUAAAAUUAUCAUAAAAAUAUUGACCACAACCAAAAAAUAGGAGGAUCACCAAUAAUUUUUCAAUCUGUUGGUAGCAAAGGGUAUUGUUGUUGAGGUCCAGCCAAGCUCUAAUUGGCUGUAAUUCACCUGGUCUGAAUUUGAUUGGCCAGGACGUGAAUGAGUCGCUUGCCGCAGAUUGCUGAUUGGAUUAGUGUGACAGGAAGGGGAUCUGAGGACAUGGGAUAGAGGUCCUUUUAUACCGAAUGAUCUACCAUUACACAAAAUUCCCCCUCCUUAGAUCCCUGUCCAGUUCUUCCACUACACAGACUGUUCUCCUGUAAUACCAAAUGUUCUCCUGUUAUAAAACAAAUACCUUCAAUGACAGCAAAUGAUAGGGAGAGAGGUUAUAACUAUGUCAACCUUUAGCUCUCCCUCUCCACUCCUCUCCUCUCUUCCAGUCGAGUGUCUGUGAGGAGGACAGCCUGACGUAUGCAGAGUUGGAGCUAGUACGACCCAGGCCUGAACCCCACUCCUCCUCCUCUCUGUCUUCUCUCUCCAUCCUUGAGCCUCUAGCCUCCAGCCCUUCCAGCUCUGACACGGUCUACGCCCAGAUCCUAUUCCGGGAGAAACCGCUGUAG